GGAGGUGAUUGAUCACGGUGGCUGAAACAGGUCGCUCCUCGAACAUGGGAAACGCGCAUCUGAACUGGGGGAAAAGUGAAGGGGUCUCCUCCAGCAUCAGGAACAAGGAACAUUAGUUCCUGAAGAAUUUUACACUACUCUGAAGAUAACACCGGGGCUCAUGGGAACUACUGUUCGUGAAUCUGUGUUGCUGAUUGCAGUUUUUACGUCACGAUGCUUGGCGAGCUCCGACAUGGCGCGGCUGGUGUGCCAGUUCCGGGAGAGCGCGCUGCCGACUGAGGUGUUCCCGCUGCACGCCGGCUACAGGUGCCUCAGCUACAACGACCGCCGCGUGUUCGUGGGCGACGAGAUCCCGGCAGCGGCGGCCUGCUCGAUCGAGGGCCUCGGCCUGGACGGGAUCUACCCCUGCUACCAGCGAGGCAACGGCAGCCUGGCCUUCGACCCCAGCGACGAGGAGGCCUACCGCGCGCUGGCGGCCAGGUUCAAGAAGGGCUCCGACGCGGCGCGCUGGCGGCGGUGCUACGAGGCGGCGCGGCGCUGCUGCGCGCGGAUCGUCACCCCGCGCGGCGCCGAGCGAGACCCCAGCCGCUGUCCUGCGCUGUGGGACGGCUGGGACUGCUGGGACUCCGCCCCCGAGGACUCCUACGAGGACAGCUACUGCAAGGAGUACAUCUACUCUGCCGACGCGGCGCCUUCGUGCCACUACCCGAGCAGGAAGCGCUGCCUGGCGAGGACAGUCGCCAACUCGACCCGCGCCGAGUGGGACCAGACCACGGACUACACCGGCUGCACCACCAAGUCGCGGCUGGUGACCAAGUACAGCUUCCACGCCGCCAUGCUGGGCGUGUCCAUCGCGCUGUCCCUACCCGCCGUCGUCGUCUUCUUCUGCUACAGGCGGCUUCGAAUCCCUCGAAUAGCCCUGCACAGGAACCUGCUGAUCGUCAUCGUGGUCCGCUCCGCCCUCACCAUCCUGCAGAUAGUCGCCCUGUCUUUCGACAGCCUGGAGGCGACUGACGAAGCGUCUGUGAUGGACCAGAACGGGGCCGGGUGUCGGCUGCUCUCGGCGCUGGUGCAGCUCUUCUCCAACGCCGUGUUCGCGACCAUGCUGGCGGAGGGAGUGUUCCUGCACCGCCUCAUCGCCGCCGUCUUCAAGUCCCAGCCCAACAUGGUCUGGCUCUACUCGCUGGCGGCAGCGAUAGCUGUUCUGCCGAUGGUGCCGUGGACCAUCCUGCGAAUCGUCAAGUACGAUUACAGCUGCUGGGCCACCGGCGCCGCCGACCUGGACUGGAUCAACAACGGCACCCGGGUGGCUCUUCUGGCGAUCAACUUCAUUUUGAUGCUGGACAUCAUACGCGUUCUUCUCACGAAGUUGAGAGGGGUGAAUUCCUGGCAUUCUGACAAAAUAAAGCGAACUGCCCGCUCGACUCUGUUCCUGCUGCCACUGUUCGGCGUGAACACGCUGGUCGUGGCGGACAAGCCGUCUGUGAUCCCCUCCUGCGACUGGGAGAGCGUGUUCGACAUGGUCGGCCACACCAUGGAGGGCCUGCAAGGACCGUGCGUGGCCCUUCUGUACUGCUACAUGAACAAGGAGAGCGUGUUCGACAUGGUCGGCCACACCAUGGAGGGUCUGCAAGGCCCGUGCGUGGCCCUUCUGUACUGCUACAUGAACAAGGAGGUGAGCUGCUGCAAGCACAUCGCCUAG